AUGUCCUGGGCUCCUGUUCUUCUGGGACUCCUUAUCUGCUGCACAGGUUCUGGCCCUCAGCCUGUGCUGAAUCAGCCACCAUCCAUGUCUUCAUCCCUUGGAACUACAAUCCACCUGCCCUGCACCUUGAGCAGCGACCAUGACAUCAGCAUUUAUGACAUCUACUGGUACCAGCAGAAGCCUGGUCACCCACCGAGAUUUUUGCUGAGCUACUUUUCCUACUCAAACAAGAUGCAGGGGCCCAAGAUUCCUCCUCGCUUCUCUGGAUUCAAAGACGUGACCACAAACACAGGCUACCUGAGCAUCUCUGACUUGCAGCCUGAAGAUGAAGGGAUGUACUUCUGUGCCCUUUGGUCCGAACCUCAGUCAUGGCCUGUCUUCAGCAAUGGCAUCCAGCUCACCAUCCUAGGCCAGCCCCACUCCAAACCCUUGGUCACUCUGUUCCCACCCUCCUCUGAAGAGCUCCGUGUCAACAAGGCCACACUGGUGUGUCUGAUCAGUGAUUUCUACCCCGGUGACUUAGCAGUCACCUGGAAGGCAGAUGGCACCACCAUCACCCAGGGUGUGGAGACCACCAAGCCCUUCCAGCAGAGCGACUACAAGUACACGGUCAGCAGCUACCUGAGCCUGUCACCCAGCAAGUGGACAUCUCACAGCCAGUUCAGCUGCCAGGUCACACAUGAAGGCAACACUGUGGAAAAGACCCUGGUUCCUGCACAGUGUCCUUAUCCUUAG